GACUUAAACUACUCACUGCUCCAUUUUGAUUGAUUUACCCAUUGCCAUUGUGUGAUGUGUGCUUCUUACACGAGAGCAUGAUUUUCAACCACGGUUCCGCCAUACACAGUACCCAGAGGCUCAGAGCCGCCUGGAAUCAUGAUCUUAAUCACGAUACUAAUAGAUCUCUGCGCUCUGAUGCCACACAGGGCAUAUAUACCUCGCAUCUCUUCCCCCUCAAGACCUUUUCACACACACACUUUUCAACCUCUCGAGCAGCCAAAGCUAAACAGACCGAACCACCACUCACCCACACUAGCAACUAAAAUGGCCAUGGCGUCCUCCUACAUCAUGCCAGACUUCAACGACUCCGAACUUCCCCCGAACCACGAGGAAAGCCUCGCCGCCAACAAGUUCCUUUUCCUGUCUAAUCCCUGGAUGAUCACCCUCUUUAUCGGCAUCCUCUUCGCCCUCAUCGGCGCUAUCGGCGCUGUUGCUCUCUGUAUCCGCCGCCGCAGGAUCCACAAACGUCUGAAGGAUGAGGAGCGCUGGAGGGGUUAUGAGCAUGAGUCGGGAUUCGUGACUAUUCCGUUGAGGGGAUUGGUGAAGCAGAAGAAGGAAAAGAAGGAGGAGAAGAGAUGGUUGCCGACGUAUCAGCUCUGAGGUCAGUGCUUUACAUCCUUUAAGCAUUAAUAUGGUGCUUAAAUGGCUAGAUACGAUACAGGGCU